AUGUUCCUCUUAAAGACAUGGAGAUCAACAGCUUUCGGGAUUUACGGCUACAUGAAUUUCACCAAGAACGGUUUCCUAGAGCAUUCAAAGAAAUUCAAACCUGAAGAUAUGCAGAUACAAAUAGAAGGAAAGAAUUGUGUUGUUACUGGAGCUAACUCUGGUAUUGGUUAUGCCGCUGCAGAAGGUCUUGCUUCACGUGGAGCAACUGUUUACAUGGUGUGCCGGAACAAGGAAAGAGGACAAGAGGCUCUUUCCAAGAUUCAAAGCUCUACAGGAAACCAAAAUGUCUACCUAGAAGUGUGUGAUUUGUCUUCCGUUAACGAGAUAAAGUCCUUUGCUUCGAGUUUUGCUUCCAAGGAUGUUCCGGUUCAUGUGCUGGUUAAUAAUGCUGGUUUGCUUGAGAACAAACGUACUACUACACCUGAAGGAUUCGAGUUGAAUUUCGCUGUGAAUGUACUCGGGACAUACUCAAUGACAGAGCUAAUGCUUCCACUGCUGGAGAAAGCGUCACCGGAUGCUAAAGUCAUCACAGUCUCCUCUGGUGGAAUGUACACGUCGCCGCUUACAACAGAUCUUCAGUUUAGUGGUGAAAAAUUCGAUGGAGUGUUACAAUACGCACGGAACAAACGAAUCCAGGUUGCUCUGACAGAAAAAUGGGCUGAUAAGUACAAGAACAAAGGCAUAGGAUUCUACUCAAUGCACCCUGGAUGGGCUGAGACUCCUGGUGUUGCUAGGAGUUUGCCUAGUUUCAAUCAAUCGUUCUCUGGUAAGCUUAGAACAAGUGAACAAGGAGCAGACACAAUCGUUUGGUUAGCAUUGCAGCCGAAAGAGAAGCUCGUCUCUGGUGCAUUCUAUUUCGAUAGAGAGGAAGCACCAAAACAUCUUACACUUGCUGGUACAAGCAGCUCUCAUGACCUUAUAGACUCUGUUAUUGAUACUGUCCAUUCAAUGGCAGCUCUUGAUCUUUAA